AUGUCUUUCAAGAAGUUGCUGUGGCUGCCGCUCUGGCUCUCACUCUGUGUGGCCGGGUCAGAUGCGGCCGUCGUGAAACGGGUGGAUGUCAAGUCCGUCCUGUCGGAUCCAGCCAACAAAUGGUCCAAGAAGACGACGUUGUCGUUCCCCGACUCUGCAGCUUUCAUCGGCGCUACCGAGAGGUGGACCGUCUUCAACCCCCCAACCUACACGGCCGCCAUCAGCCCCGCCACGGAGAAGGAUGUCAUCAAGAUUGUGAACCUUGCGGCAUCCAACAACAUCCCUUUCCUUGCAACGGGAGGGCGUCAUGGCUACACCACCACCGUCGGCGACCUCGACAACGGUCUUGCCAUCGACCUGAGCCUUCUCAACGACAUCAAGAUCAACAAGGGCCAGAAGACCUUGACAGUCGGGCCCGGCGUUAGGGUGAACGAGAUCUUGGACCUCGUCCACAAGGCAGGAUUCUUCCUUCAAACCGGAACAGCCUACUGCCCAAGCGUCAUCGGUGUGGCACUCGGCGGCGGCGUCGGCCGGUUCACGGGCCUGUACGGCCUGAUGAUCGACGACCUCGUCUCGGUGCGCAUCGUCACGGCCAACGGGACGGUUCUCGAGGCCUCCAAGAAGACAAACGCGGACCUGUUCUGGGGCAUCCGCGGGGCGGGCGCCAACUUUGGCAUCAUCACGUCGGCCACCUUCAACGUGCACCCGCUGCUCAACAAGGGCAACAUCUUCACGACGGACCUCAUCUUCCCGGCCAACAUGACGUCGGCCUUCUUCAAGGCGGUCGAGACGUACAGCGGCCGCAUGCCGGCCGAGAUGGCCGGCAUCGCCAUCCAGGUCUACGACCCGGCCGUGGGCCAGUCGCAGGUCAUGACCAACUGGAUCUACGUCGGCCCCGAGGCCGACGCGCGCCGCGUGCUGGCGCCCAUCCUCGACCUCCGCCCGCCGUACGCCGUGUCGUCCAACGUGCCGGCCAACAAGCUCAUCAACUCGACCUUUAGCGGCUUCGGCGCCGCCGUGUGCCAGGAGGGCGUCAUCCGCGACAUCUACAGCGUCAACGUGCGCAACUACAGCGCCGCCACGUGGGACAAGACGUUCGACAAGAUGGCGCGCUUCUUCGAGGACCACCCGGGCGGCCGCGGCAGCGCGCUGCAGUACGAGCUCUACCCGAACCAGGCCAUGGCGUCCGUCUCCAAGGACGCGACGGCCUGGCCGUGGAGAGAGACCACUGGAUACUUGUGA